AUGCGAAUGACAAGCAAUCUUGGCGUUGAUCUCGUUUUGAACUCGCUGGCAGGAGAUUGUCUGACAGCCACUUGGGAAUGUAUGGCUAGCUUUGGCCGCUUUGUGGGAAUUGGCAAGCGAGACAUUCAUGCUCAUUCACGAUUAAAUAUGUUCUAUUUUGCCAAGAAUGUGUCUUUCACUGCUGUCGAUGUAUUCGGAAUGACCAAGGUGAGACUGGCUCUGGUCUGGGAAUCUCUGAUGGCGACUUUGGACCUAGUCGCCGCGGGUCACGCACAAGCAUCGUAUACCGUUCAGAAAUCCCCUGUCUCUGAGAUCGAAGGGGCACUAAGAUUGAUGCAAAGCGGUAAAAGCGUAGGAAAACUGGUCAUUGAGAUGGAGAAGGAGGCGAAUGUCCUUACUGUCUUUAACAGCGUACCCAGCUAUACCUUAAAUCCCAAAGCCACGUAUGUCAUUGCCGGUGGAUUCGGUGGGAUAGCACGGCGCACCGCACGUUGGAUGGUAGAGAGAGGAGCUCGACACCUUCUCCUAUUCAGCCGAUCCGGUCCCAAGUGA